AGGACAGCCGGACAGGCAGGUCAGACGGGGUACCAGCACCUCAGCUUCUCUCUCAGGAAUACUGUCCAAACUUUGGGGGCCACAGGUCAAGCUGUGCGAUGGGUGCUGAGGAGGAGGUGCAGGUCACAUUAGCAGGGGGAGCACCCUGGGGCUUCCGGCUUCAGGGGGGGGCUGAACAGAAGAAACCUUUGCAGGUAUCCAAGAUCCGAAGACGGAGCCAGGCUGGAAGAGCAGGACUCCGAGAGAGGGACCAGCUCUUGGCGAUCAAUGGAGUUUCUUGCACCAACUUUUCCCAUGCCAGUGCCAUGACCUUCAUUGAUACCUCAGGGCAUCUGCUUGUCCUUACUGUGAGGAGGGUAGCAGAUGAAGGGUCUGUGAGAUCUCCAUCUCCAGGGGGACUUCAAGUGCUGUCACCACUAUCUCCACUGAGUCCUGAGCCCCCGGGUGCUCCUGCUCCCCAGGCUUUUCCACCUGGGAGCCUUCGCUCACCGCCUGACAGUGAAGCUUACUAUGGAGAGACAGACAGCGAUGUUGAUGGCCCUGCCACACAAGAGAAGCCCCGCAGAACCCGCCGACGAGGUCCCACAAGGCCCUCCCUUCCAGGAGCCCCACCUGAUGAGGUGUACCUGUCUGACAGUCCUGCAGAACCAGCACCUGCUAAAAUUGGCUCUCCCAGCCAGGAUGACAGCCGUGUGAGCUCCCCAUCUUGGGAGGAAGGCGCUGCUCUUCAGCCACCCCCGGCAGAAGCACUUCUGUUACCCCAUGGUCCACUCCGGCCUGGUCCUCAUCUCAUCCCUAUGGUGGGCCCUGUCCCACACCCACUGGGAGAAGAUCUUACUACCACCUACACCCAGAAGGCCAAGCAAGCCAAACUGCAACGUGCAGAAAGCCUACAAGAGAAGAGCAUCAAGGAGGCCAAGACCAAAUGCCGGACCAUUGCAUCCCUGCUAACAGCAGCCCCCAACCCUCACUCUAAAGGGGUGCUUAUGUUUAAGAAACGGCGGCAGAGAGCCAAGAAGUACACCCUAGUGAGUUUCGGGGCUGCAGCUGGGACAGGAACAGAAGAGGAGGACGGCAUCCCCCCAACGAGUGAGUCGGAGCUGGACGAAGAGGCCUUCUCGGACGCCCGCAGCCUUACCAAUCAAUCCGACUGGGACAGCCCUUAUCUGGACAUGGAGCUGGCCAGGGCUGCUUCAGGAACAACAGAGAGUCAGAACUCCCGGCUGGGAGGGCAGUUGAGUGAGGUCUCUGGGAGAGGGGUUCAGCUCUUUGAACAGCAGCGCCAAAGGGCUUCCUCCAGUACCCAGGAGCUGACUCAGGUGGGCCCAGCAACCAUGCUAAAUGGGCAGGGUCUGCAGUCACCACCUCGAGCUCAGAGUGCUCCCCCAGAGGCAGCUGUGCUCCCACUCAGCCUUUUCCCGGCCCCCGCAGCCAGACCUAGCCCCUCCUUCCCGGAUGGUGGAGCCCCCAGCCCAGCGCCAAGUAUCUUUAACAGGUCAGCGAGGCCUUUUACCCCAGGUUUACAAGGACACAGGUCAGGUACCACCUCAGUGAUUUUCCGGCCCUUAGCUCCUAAGAAGGCGAAUGAAGGCCUGCAAGCCACCAGCUCCGCCCCGUCCCCCUUCGUGGCCCCUCUUCAGGGGCCCACCCCUCUGCCCAGCUUCACGACAGUGGUGCCCGGCCACACGUCGGUCCCCGGGGCUCCCAUCACCCCACGCUCCUCCGGUCCUGUAACUGCUACCAGCUCCCUGUAUAUCCCAGCCCCAAGCCGGCCCGUUACACCAGGCGGCGCCCCAGAGCCUCCCACUCCUCCUAGCACGGCUGCCAUGACCUCCACCGCUUCCAUCUUCUUGGCGGCGCCUCUAAGAAGCUCUGUGUCCCCGGAGGCGCCCGGCCCCGCGGUCCCCGAGUCUGCCAGCGUUCGGGAGCAGCGCAUCUCUGUGCCAGCUGCCCGCACUGGCAUUCUGCAGGAGGCCCGGCGCCGGGGCACCCGGAAGCAGAUGUUCCGACCGGGAAAGGAAGAGACGAAGAAUUCGCCGAACCCGGAGCUGCUAACGCUGGUGCAGAACCUGGAUGAAAAACCCCGGGCCGGUGGUGCGGAAUCUGGUCCAGAGGAGGACGCUUUAAGCCUGGGAGCUGAAGCCUGUAACUUCAUGCAGCCAUUAGGGGGCAGGAGUUACAAGACCUUGUCUCAAGUGGCACCGAAAACCCCGCCUCCAGUGGCUCCCAAAACCCCAUCCCCGGCAACUCCUAAGACCCCACCCCCUGUGGCUCCUAAACCUGCUUCUCGAGGGUUGCCUGAUGGGCUAGUGAAUGGGUCGACCCCUACGGCUGGAAUUCCUGAGCUCCCAAGGCUGCAGGGAAGGGGUGGGGAGCUAUUUGCCAAGCGGCAGAGCCGUGCCGACAGGUACGUGGUGGAAGCUACACCUAGCGUUUGCCUUAACCAUGGCUUUCGUCCUAGAAGUCCUUCUCCCACACCCUCACUGCCCCCAUCGUGGAAAUACUCACCCAAUAUCCGUGCCCCACCCCCUAUUGCUUACAACCCACUUCUCUCACCUUUUUUCCCCCAAGCUGCCCGAACUCUCCCCAAUAAGAUCCAAUCCCAGGGAUCUCGGGCGACUCCCAAGCAGGGCAUCAAGGCCCUGGAUUUCAUGCGACAUCAGCCGUACCAACUUAAAACUGCCAUGUUCUGUUUUGACGAGGUUCCUUCAACUCCUGGCCCCACUUCAGGGCCUCCCAAAACUGCCCGAGUCCAGGAGAUCCGCAGAUUCUCCACUCCAGCACCCCAGCCCACUGCAGAACCCUUGGCUGCCACUGUGCUUGCCCCCAGAGCGGCUACCACAUUGGACGAACCAAUUUGGAGGGCAGAGCUGGCCUCACCCCCUGUCCCUAACCCAGACCAUCCUCAAGAGUCUUCCAGGAGCUUUGCUGCCACACCCAACUACUGUGGCUUCCAAGUAGCCAGGCCUCGGUUCUCAGCCACCAGAACAGGGUUGCAGGCUCAUGUGUGGAGGCCUGGGGCAGGGCACCAGUGAACAGGAAAUAAUAGGUCCCAGGACCAAGUAAUGGAACUUAGAGUCCCAGAAGUUCCGUCUGCUUUUCCUACUGUUUUUUUUUUUUUUCUCCCCGUAUCUCCUCUUGCCAAAAAUAGUGUUCCCCUUCAUUUUCCUCAACUCCUUGCUGCCGCUUUUUAACCUAUUCUCUUUGUUUUGAUAUCUUCUCUGUAUUUCCCUGCCUGGAUCUGUGGCUUCUCCACCCAGAGGUCUCAGCAGAUUUUUU